AUGGUGAAAUUCUUGGUAGUUGACAGAGUUUCAGCAUAUAACGCCAUUAUUGGAAGGACAACUCUCAACAACUUAAAAACUGUGACCUCAACACCGCAUCUCAGUAUGAAGUUCCCGACAGAAGAAGGAGUUGGAGUGGUUAAGGGAGACCAGAAGGAAGCUAGACGUUGUUACAACUUGUCCCUGAAAAGUACCCCGAGGCAGCACAAUCUGGGUGAGAAAGCUAAGGAGGAUGGGAAACAGCAAUCACCGUUGGGGGAGCCCGUGGAAGGCUUGGAGGAGUUCGAAAUAGGCGAUCUGGGAAAGAAAGUUUGUAUUGGAUCACAACUCCCCCAACUCAUGAAGGAAGAUCUGGUGGCUUUCUUAAGGCGCAAUAGUGAUAUCUACAUGGAAGAAGCAGAUCAAGAGAAAACUACUUUCAUCACAGACCAAGGACUCUACUGUUAUAAGAUGAUGCCCUUCGGUUUGAAGAAUACGGGAGCCACUUAUCAGCGACUAGUGAACAGGAUGUUUCGGAAUCAAAUUGGCAGAAAAGUUGAGAGGGACAUUGAAGCAAACCCAGAGAAGGUCAAGGCUGUCCUUGAGAUGGAAGCACCGAGAACGACAAAGCAACUCCAACGGCUGACAGGAAAGAUUGCGGCCCUAAACCGUUUCAUUUCACGGUCAACAGAUAAGUGCCUUCCCUUUUUUAAAAUUUUAAGAAAAGCAAUUACGUGGAGUGAGGAAUGUGAGGAAGCUUUCAGAAAGUUGAAAGAAUACUUAACGAACCCUCCAUUGUUGAGCCGCCCUACUGAAGGGGAGAUACUCUAUCUCUAUUUGGCAGUAUCCCCCUCAGCGGGACAGGUUUUGGCAGAUUUCUUGGUGGAAUUUUGCAACAUCCCCGAAGCGGAAGAACUUCCAAAAGAAUUAACCUGGGUCGUGUAUGUGGAUGGCUCCUCAACACGGGGCAGAAGCGGGGUAGGUGUCCUCCUCAGGAAUCUUGAAGGUCAAGAGUUCGGUUUUGCUAUAAAACUGGACUUUGUCACAACGAAUAAUGAAGCCGAGUAUGAAGCUGUAAUAGCAGGUUUGGCAUUGUCCCGAGAGAUGGGAGCAACUACUGUUGAAAUCCGAAGUGACUCUCAAGUAGUGAUACCUCAGGAUGAAAAUAUUCGAGCAGAUGAAUUCUCAAAGAUUACAUCAGGAAUAGAUGAAGAGAUUGAAGCGUCUAGAAGGAAGAUUAUCGUUUUGACCGAGCCAUCGAUAACCCCGAAGGUUGCGGCUCGGAAGGUAAAGAUACAAGCAACACGGUUUUGCCUCCUCGGAGAAGUAUUGUAUAAAAGGGGAUACUCCGAACCCCUGCUCAAAUGCCUCCCUAAGACUGAGGCGGAUUAUGUUCUUAAGGAAAUCCAUGAAGGUGUUUACGGAAAUCAUUCGGGAGGAAGAAUGCUGGCACAAAAGACCGUCCGAGCAGGUUAUUAUUGGCCUACGAUUAGUAAGGAUUCAGCUCUUCUUGUAAAGCACUGUGACAAAUGCCAGAGGUUCUCAAGAAUUAUGAAGACAAGUCCCGAGAAGCUUACUCCCCUCACUUCUCCAUGGCCAUUUGUGAAAUGGGGGGUAGAUAUUGUCGGCCCAAUGCCUGUAGGGAAAGGGAGUCGGAAGUUUUUAGUUGUAGCUGUAGACUAUUUUACUAAAUGGGCAGAAGCAAAAGCGUUAGCAACUAUAACCACAACAAAUAUCACAAAACUUCGUAUCCAAAACUAUUAUAGCUCGGUACUUUAUCCAAAGGCGAACGGGCAGGUAGAGGCGACAAACAAGACCCUGGUAAGGACAUUGAAGAAAAAGCUUGAAAAGAAGAAAGGAGCAUGGGUUGAAUCUGUUCCAGAGGUGUUCUGGUCGUACCGAACCACAAAAAGAACUCCAGCAGACGAGACGCCAUUUUCACUCACCUACGGGACCGAGGCUGUGAUACUAGCCGAAGUGGGAUCCCCGAGUUUUCGUGUAGCUUACUACAAUCCUGAGCUCAACGACGAAAAUGCCAAGUUACAUCUAAAUCUUUUACAGGAGAAAAGAGACGACGCUCAAGUUACAUGGGCAGCAUACCAGAAUCGAAUAGCUCGGUACUUCAAUAAAUUGGUGGUCCCAAAGAAGUUUCAGCUCGGAGAUUGGAUACUCAGGAAAGAAAUCCUACUAGAUGCGGCCCAACAGUUUCGGGGUCGAACUUAUAUUUAG